AUGCUGCGUGCCCUUGUUAGCGCUGUGUUGUCCGUGACCAGCGCGCUGCCGCUGCGGGCCCCCGCGCGCGGCCCCAUUCUGGGCAGCUGCCUGAAACCUUGGAAGGGCUGCCCCGAGGGCGGCUCCCUGAGCGGCUCCCGGCUCGGUUUCGCUGGUUUCUCCGAGGUCAUGGCCAUGUACGACGGCAGCAAGUCCGACAAAAGCGGCAGCACGUGUGCGCCGCAUGGCGAGAACGGCCUCGACCGCGCCGCCCCCAAGGCCCUGGCGACGAGCCCCGCCGCGACGGCGCUGCGCCAGCUCUACAAGAACCACGGGGCGGACGGCAGCACGUCCGACAAAAGCGGCAGCACGUGUGCGCCGCACGGCGAGAACGGCCUCGACCGCGCCGCCCCCAAGGCCCUGGCGACGAGCCCCGCCGCGACGGCGCUGCGCCAGCUCUACAACAACUACGGCGCGGACGGCCUCUACGCCGACGCGUUCGACUCCGAGACUAUAAAAGGCGCGGCGACGACCGAGCUCGACCCGAACAAGUACCAGGCGGGCGGGGUGCACGCGCUCCACGCCGUCGAGCAGCCUGUUUCUGGCACCAUGAUGCCGUUUGCGGCCCCGGGCGCGACCAAUGGAGGCGGCAGCGCGAACGAGCUGCAAACAGGCAUCGACGUCUUGGACGUCGCGUCCGCCGAGCUGGCGCCUACGCCCGGCACCACGAUGCAGUUCAAGGGCGGCGUCGACGAAGAAGAAGCGGCCCAGAGCUACCUUGGGCGGACUUCCUGGUGCCUCUUCCAGGUACUCGCUUCGGUGGUUCCGCGGCGCAGUAGCUCGGCGAUGGGAGCGGCCUGGCGCUCGUCCAUCGUCGGCUACCUGCUUAUUUGGGGGGACGUUACCCAUGUGGCGGCGGAGACUUCGGUCCGCGGCGGCAGCGGCCGCAGCGACGACAACACCAAGUCCAAAACCAAGACCAAUAACGCACCGCGCGCGCCGGCGGGAGGCCUCGCGCAGCGGCGCGCGCUCACGGGCUAUGUGAUGGACAACGAUAGCAUUAGAACGGCGGUGACGACUUGGUUUGACGACCAGUCCGCCGCCGAGGCGGUCUACGGGCACAUUUCGACUUGGGAGACUUCCGGGGUGACGGACAUGUCGGGGUUGUUUUGCGUGCGGCAGGAUAUGGACGACGACUGGUACAACGAUUGCAUCAAUGCAGAUGCGUCCUUCAACGAGGACAUCGGCGCGUGGGACACCUCCGGCGUCACGACGAUGCACAUGAUGUUCGCCCACGCCUACGCCUUCGACCAGGACAUUAGCUCGUGGGACACCUCUGGGGUCACGAGGAUGGACUACAUGUUCUAUGAAGCCUUGGCCUUCGACCAGGACAUCGGCGAUUGGGUGGUCCACAGUGUCAUGAGCAUGGAAGGGAUGUUUCAGGAAGCCUGGUCCUUCGACCAGGACCUCGGCUGGUGCGUGGACGCGUACCUCGACGAGGCGUUCUCCGAGACCCGGUGCGCGUCGACGUCGUGCGGCGUCAAGGUGGGACAAUUUGUAACUGCGAGCGGCAGCUGCGAGUCUACCUACGCGCCGACUGCGUACUACGACGGCGUGCAUCACACAGACGUAAGCAUCCGCACGGCCGUGACGGCUUGGUUGAGCGACGCGACGGCCGCCGAGGCGACGUACGGCCACAUUUCCACGUGGGAGACUGGGGGGGUGACGGACAUGUCGUAUUUGUUUUGCGUGCGGCAGAGUUGGAUGGACAGCGAUUCACAUUACGACGAUUGCGUCUUAUCAACGUCGUCCUUCAACGAGGACAUCGGCGCGUGGGACACCUCCGGCGUCAAAAGGAUGGACUACAUGUUCUUCUUAGCCUCGGCGUUCGACCAACCGCUGAACGACUGGCGGGUUGACAAGGUCACGGAUAUGAGCGGGAUGUUCGCCGGCGCCUCGGUCUUCGACCAGGACAUCAGUGCAUGGGACACCUCGGGCGUCAGGAGCAUGGGGGACAUGUUCGGCGGCGCCUACGCCUUCAACCAGGACCUCGGCUGGUGCGUGGACGACGACGUUGACUUUGCGUAUUCCGAUGGGGAAGGCUCCACCUUUCAAGCUGCUUUCUCUUAUACCCAGUGCGAGUUGACGUAUUGUGGCGUCGUGCAAAUGGACAACUGCCCGAUCACGGGCUACGUCAUGGACGACGAUAGCAUUAGAACGGCCGUCGCGGCAUGGGCCUCGGACGCUGCGACCGCCGAGGCGACGUACGGCCACAUCUCGACGUGGGCGACUGGGGGGGUGACGGACAUGUCGCACUUGUUUUGCGUGCGGCAGGAUUAUAUGGACGAUCCUGAUGAGGCGGAAUAUUAUGAAUCCUGUGUGCUUCCGGCAUCUGCUGCGUCCUUCAACGAGGACAUCGGCGCGUGGGACACCUCUGGCGUAACGAGGAUGUACGGGAUGUUCGCCUUCGCCUCGGCGUUCAACCGAGACAUUGGUGGUUGGGCGGUUCACAGCGUCACAACGAUGGAGGAGAUGUUCGAAAGCGCCUUGGCCUUCGACCAGGACCUCGGCUGGUGCGUGGACGACGACGUGGACCUUCACCUAGCGUUUCGCUACACCCCGUGCGCGUCGACGUUGUGCGGUGUCUCGUGGGGCGGCUGCGACAUCCCGAGCAAUGGUAAUGUCAUGGCCAACGGGAAGAUCAGAAUUGCAGUUGCAGCGUGGCUCUCCGACGCCACGGCAGCCGAGGCGACGUACGGCCACAUCUCGACGUGGAGGACCGACAAGGUGACGGACACGUCAGGUUUGUUCAGAGAAAAGACCUCAUUCAACGACGAAAUCGGCGCGUGGGACACCUCCGGCGUUACGAAGAUGCACUGGAUGUUCGACGAGGCCUGGGCGUUCAACCAACCAAUUGGCAACUGGCGUGUCGACAACGUCAUGGAUAUGAACGGCAUGUUCUUCCGCGCCUAUGCCUUUAACCAAGACAUCGGUGAUUGGGCGGUCCAAAGCGUCAAGGACUUUACGGAAAUGUUCGGCGGGGCCUCGUCUUUUAACCAAUACAUCGGUGAUUGGGCGGUCCACAGCGUCACUGACAUAAGCUACAUGUUCGAGGGCGCCUCGGCCUUCGACCAGGACCUCGGCUGGUGCGUGGACAACGACGUGAGCCUGGAAGGCGCGUUCUCCGAGACCCAGUGCGAGUCGACGUCGUGCGGCAUCGUGCAAAUGGACAACUGCCCGAUCACGGGCUACCCGAUCACGAGCUACGCCAUGGACGACAGUAGCAUUAGAACGGCGGUGACGACUUGGUUCUAUGACCCGAGUGCUGCCGAGGCGACGUACGGCCACAUUUCGACAUGGGAGACAUCGGGGGUGACGGACAUGUCGCUUUUGUUCUACGACUCCAGUAGGAAUAUAGCCAGGCCCUUUAACGAGGACAUCGGCGCGUGGGACACUUCCGGUGUUACGACGAUGAGGAAGAUGUUCGCUGCCGCCAGGGCCUUCGACCAGGACAUCAGCGCCUGGAGCGUCGACAACGUCAGGGACAUGAACCAGAUGUUCCGCGAAGCCUCGUCUUUUAACCAGGACCUCGGCUGGUGCGUGGACGACGGCGUGAUAGGUAACUCGGCGUUCUCUGGCAGCGGGUGCUGCUCAACGUCCUGCGGCGUCGCUCAAAAGGACGAAACCGGUGACUGCCAAAUCAAAAGAAUAUACAAUCGAAUAAAGGGAAUUUUAAACGAUUGUGACGACGACGAUGGGGCCACGGAACUUGUCAUGUCAACGGGACUCGCUGCGAUUGGAAUCACGUUCACGGGGAUCACCAUCGCGGCGAUCGCGAAUGCGCUCCAGGAACAAUGCGCCCUGGGCCCCACGAUCGUCUACGAGGCCGGCACGACGCACCCCUACUACAUCACCCCCAACCUCUGCACCAUCGGGACCAAGACCUUUUCGUCGGACAAGACAGUUCGCGACGCCUCGCCGCGCAAGGUCUGCCGCAAGUUCUGCGAGGCUGCAUCGGAGAAGGGCAAACUGGCGCUCAAGCACGUCCAGGGCCUGACGUGCUACUGCAAGCGGGGGUAA